CCCAGCGGCGCCGCGCCAGCCCCGCCUCACCCCAGCUCAGUGGCCAAGUAGACCUGCUCCUACUGCGUCUCACAGGCGGAGCGCCAUCACGGACGGGAGGCUGCGAUGCGCGGCGUUCCGUGCCGAAGUGAUCAGUAGUGUUGUGUGUAGCGCGAUAUCGCCGGCGCAGUGCAACGCCUAGAAUGCCGAACGACCCGUACCGCGAAACAGACUACCCGCUGCCGGACGCGACCCACCCGUGUCCGGGGCGGGGCUUUGACUUCGUGGCCAUCCCACCCGAGUGCCCCCCGGCCGCGUCACGCGGCUUCUUUCAAACCAUGGAACCGCCUCUACCGGUCCAGCAGCUUCGUCACCACCAGCAUCCACAUCAACAGCAGCAGCAGCAGCAGCAGCAGCAGCAACAGCAGCAACAGCAAAGCAACAGCAACAGCCCGGCGGGCGCGGCCGAGGCGUACGCGGCCAUGUACCGCGCCGCGCCGGCCGGCCUGCAGUCGGACCCCGGCUGUCCGCAGUAUCUGGCGACGGAGGGCGAGCGCCCACCGGUCGCGCGCCACUGCCCAGGGGCAGCCGCGCCCGACCGCGGUCCGUCCCCAGCCGGCCGGCUCGGCAGUGACGGCUACCUCGCGCAGGACGUGUUCGGCCGCGGUCCGUGCCCAGCCAUCCAGCAGCCAGGCAGCCUCUUCCCUUGGAUGAAGGCGCAGUUCGACAGGAAGCGUGGUCGGCAGACGUACACCCGGUACCAGACGCUGGAGCUGGAGAAGGAGUUCCACUUCAACCGCUACCUGACCCGCCGGCGUCGAAUCGAGAUCUCCCACCAGCUGUGCUUGACGGAGCGCCAAAUAAAGAUCUGGUUCCAGAAUCGGCGCAUGAAGUGGAAAAAGGAGCAUAGGACGCUCGACACCACGGACGACAAGGCGGCGUCGGUGGAGGUGGCAGAUGCGGAAAAAUCUCCGGGUGGGGCGUAAAUUAUCAGCAUUUCUGCGAUUGCGGUGGUGAAAUAUUAUUUGGCUACUGUGUAGGACAAGGCAUGCUGGCGCGGGCUGGUGGUGCUUGCUGCUGGCCCAGUGAUAUUCGGCCGGUCGUUCAUCGGAGCCGCGGAUGAUGCUGUGGAAACAUUCGGUCCCGAUCACCAGGUUACUGGCACCUCGGGGCCCGUCAUCGCGUCAUCAGGUGACGUCAUCGGUUCGUCGGUGCUCGUUCGUGUUGUUAUGAGAUCGUCAGCUGUGGUGUCCAGCGCCGGGGGGUCAGGCAAUACU